CAAUUAUAAUAAUAAUUAUAAUUAAAUAUAAACUGCAAUAAAAUGAUGAAAAUAUUGGUAGCGUUUGUAUCAGUCGUAGCCCUCGUCUCAGCCCAUGAUUUGGAGUCAAUCGCAAGAAAUGUGUUGAAAGACAUUUCUGUUAAUUUGGAUUCAAACCAAACUUUGAAUGAAUUUUUGUCCAAAACUGAUGUCAAUAAAAGACCCGAAACUCAACUCAAAUCUAACGACGGAUUCCUUAUAGUGGAGGGAAUCGGAGCCAUCGGUGCCCUCAAAGUGACCGUCAGUUCUGGCAAAAAGUCUUUGACGAUUAGUAAUGUCUACGGCUUGGGUGCGGGCGCUGUGGCCGACAUUAAUGGCCGCAAAAAUGUGGACGAAAAACAAGAAGUGAAGACAAUUACCGAACCUUUAUAUGAGAAAUAUAUGAAAUCGUUGUCAUCGAAGGACUCUUCAAAUGGUCUAUUGGUUUUGGCCGAAGGACUGAACGCUGGGGAGGCUGUGAUCGCCACCCGUGAGGGUUGGCUCGACGUUAAGGGCGCCUCCGGUUUCAAACUCGGAUCCUAUACUGAGAUCUCCACCAGUGGUUAAAUUGCAACAUAAAUACAAUACAUGUCUAUUUAUAAUAU